UUAUCCUUCCUCUCCAAACACGAGCAGGUACAAACCCAGCUGACAGCCCACAGCCCACCGCUCACAGGCACACACUCACGCUCCAGCUCAGAGAAUGAGUUACUACUUGGAUCCAGUUUCCUCCUGUCAGGCUCUUCACCCGCCUGACUGUCUGCCGGUGAUGAGGUCGAGUGGUGUGAUGCCACUGUCUCUGCUUCCUCACAUUCAGCCUCCUGUCGUCUGUCACCCACAAAACUCUGCUGCGCCCAAACCACCGUACACACACAUCACCCUGCAGGAGGUGCCCAAUGGACCCGAGUACAGCCACAAUGAUCUGGAGUGUGCGGAUGUUCCUCUUCUGACUCCAGGAAGUAAGGAAAUGAUGUCACAAGCUCUUCUGGCCACAUUCAGCGGCUUCACCAGAGAACAGCAGAGACUCUCCAUCCCCAAAGACCCGCGCGAGUGGACAGAAGGCCAUGUGAGGGAAUGGUUGACCUGGACGGUGAAUGAGUUCAGUCUGAAGAACGUGGAUUUCCACAAGUUCAGUAUGGACGGAGCGAGUCUCUGUGCACUCGGCAAGGAGAGAUUUCUGGACCUGGCACCAGACUUUGUGGGCGACAUCCUCUGGGGGCAUUUAGAGAUGCUGCAGAAAGAAGACCCGAAGCACUUCCCCGUCAGCAGCCUGAGCUCCAGCUUCCAGGAGUCCCGCUAUCCCUCCGAAUAUUUCUUCAACUAUGGCAUUGAGCAUCCUCAGUGUGUCCCUCCGUCCGAAUACUCUGAGCCGAGCUUCAUCACAGAGUCCUAUCAGACGCUUCACCCCAUCAGCUCAGAAGACCUGCUGUCGCUCAAAUACGAGAGCGAGUAUCCCAACGUCAUCCUGCGCGACGCGCCGCUCAACCCCCUGCAGGGAGACUAUUUCUCAGUCAAACAGGAAGUCGUGUCGCCUGACAACAUGUGUGUGGGUCGCAUUAGCAGAGGUAAGCUGGGCGGUCAGGACUCGUUUGAGAGCAUCGACAGUUUCGAGAGCUGCGACAGACUCACGCAGUCGUGGAGCAGUCAGUCGUCCUUCAACAGCCUCCAGAGAGUCCCAUCCUACGACAGCUUCGACUCGGAGGAUUACCCCAGCGCUCUGCACGCGCACAAACCCAAGGGCACGUUUAAAGAUUACGUGCGGGAGCGUUCGGACCUGAGCAAAGACAAACCGGUCAUCCCCGCGGCGGCACUCGCUGGAUACACAGGUAGUGGACCCAUCCAGCUCUGGCAGUUCUUGUUGGAGCUCCUGACGGAUAAAUCCUGCCAGUCCUUCAUCAGCUGGACUGGAGAUGGCUGGGAGUUCAAGCUCUCUGACCCGGAUGAGGUGGCCCGCAGAUGGGGAAAGAGGAAAAACAAGCCCAAGAUGAACUACGAGAAGCUGAGCCGUGGCCUGCGCUACUACUACGACAAGAACAUCAUUCAUAAAACGUCCGGCAAGCGCUACGUCUACCGCUUCGUGUGUGACUUGAAAAGCCUACUGGGAUACACUCCCGAAGAGCUGCACACCAUGUUAGACGUCAAGCCCGACACGGAUGAGUAAAGUCUGGACAGAAGAGAGAGUAAAAGGAGUCCCCUCAAAGACCCUGCAAAAGAGAAACGGGGCGUCCAGUCACAUUCCAACACUGUUUUGAGCUCAGAAAAAAAAAAAGAGGAAGAGUCAAAACAUUUACCAAAGUUUCGAAUCUCUGCGUCGAUGUUGAUUUAAUGAUCUGCGAGGAAGGGAAAACUCUAAGUUCAGGUAGAAGCGACUCAGUAGCACAAACACCGGGAAGGAACCGAGGACAAUGACACGGACGUUUUUUUUUGUUGUUGUUGUUGGACUGUUAUCAAACAUGUUGCCAAAAUUAGAGACAAGAGGAAGAUCGCAGAAACCGUCGAGUUAACUUGCAUUCCUGACAUGAGGGAAAAAGUUCUCAGCCGGACCAAAUUUACUUUUUAUUAUUGUUUCUUAAAGAUCUAUAUGUGUCAGUAUUAAUUUGUGCGUACAAUUUACGCCAUUUUGUACAUUUUUAUAUAUAUAUAUAUAUGCAGAAAUGAAGGUUUAUUGAAGUCAAACUGUGCUUAGAUGCUUCUUUUAAGGUCACGGUUGGUUAUGGGUUGCUCUCGCCACAGUGUGUCCGUAGCUGAAAAUGCUGUUUUUGAUCAGCAGAUCAAAAUAGACGCCAGGAUCUUGCCUUUUUCAGUUGAAAGUCAGUCAAACUGCGAGUGAGCGAGAUGCAAAUGAAAGCGGCCGUUGGCUUCCCAACGGCGCAGCAAACGCACGUUUGUGGUGAGCGUUUCUGACACCGCUGCUGUCUACGAAGACAAAAGACAUCAAACAUUGGUUUGUUUGUACGUGAAUCAUUUUCAUAAAGUCUUGCCUUAAUAUAGCACAUCACGUUACUGUGUUUUCUCUAGGUAAACCGAGACGCGUGUAGGUAGGUGACAACUGAAAUGUCGGGCCUCUUUGCAAUCAAACGAAAGGCUGAAGCCAUAAAAAGACGAAAAGUGCACACGUCGGCGUGAAUCUGGAGAUCGACGAAAGUGGCUGGUGUUUGAUUUGGCUUUGAGAAAGUACACCAGAUCAUGCUGAUACGUUUUGUUUUUCUGUUGUUCGGCAGCUUUAAAGAUAAUAGCGUGUGUACUACUGGCACAAGAGUUGAUAAUGGGAGUCUGUUUCAGUGUUAUGGACAUUUAAGCCAGAGUUAUAUUACAGAAAAGUGUAGGUAUCUGAAGAAACGCCACUUUUAAAUGUGCUAUCUAUCCAGUGUUUUUGGGUUUGGUUCAUACGCAGCAGCAUUUGGACUGUUUCACUGUGUGGGAAGGGUCUGAGAUACACAAGACCUCGUGGGAAAAGCCAAAGCAAAGAGCGCUCUUCUAAGAAAACAAAUGGUAUUGUUUACAGUGGCAAAAACCCGUCCGCAUCGGUGUGGCUUUGGAAUUGUCUAUUUUUACAGAGAACAUUUCAUAAAAUGGCUAUUAAAAAUAAACCAUAUUCACUUGAAUAUGCAGAGUAACAGCAGAGUGUGUUCUGACAGAAGAGUGAGUGAAUUUUCCAGAAAGCCAGCAUGAAACAGGAUUUCUUUUAUUAAAAUGAGGUCACAAUGCAGUCUCUGAUUGUACAAAUCAUAUAAAGUGAUGCAUUAUGGGUGCACAUUUUUAGUUUUUUUUACAUGUUUUUAUUUCCCCACAGUUUUGCCUUAUUUUGUAUGUUUUGGUUUUGUUCAAAUGAAUUUUUUUAUGUAUUUUAGUUCACAAACAUUUUUGAUAUUUUUCCAAUAAUUUAUAUUUUAUAAACUUUGAAAUAUAUGCAGACAGCUGGUGCUUUCGUGGGAAAUUGAAUCAAAAAAGGUAGCGCAGGACAAAUAAUGUAGCGAAUUAUUAUUAUGAUUAUUUUCUUUUAUAUGAAUUCUGUCGUUUAAAAAGAGACGAAAAAAGACCUGUCUGCUUCUACAGUUGUGUAUAGAUAAGGCUGAUGCUGGCCCAUCAUUAUGUUCUGCUGAAGAGUUUUAUAAACCGUAGCUUCUAUUUCUUAUUGUACUUUAAAUUGUUCUGUUAUUAAAAUAUAUGUGGAGAAAAGCAA